GGGACGGCGGCGCCAUGAGGCUGUCUCCGCGCGUGCUGUGCCGCGCCGUCGGGGCCACCUGGCGGGAGAGCUUCCCCCUGCACGGGCGCGAUGUGGCCCGCUGGUUCCCGGGCCACAUGGCCAAGGGGCUGAAGAAGAUGCAGAGCUGCCUGAAGCUGGUGGACUGCAUCGUCGAGGUCCACGAUGCCCGGAUCCCACUUUCAGGCCGAAACCCUCUGUUUCAGGAAACCCUUGGGCUUAAGCCUCACUUGCUGGUCCUCAACAAAAUGGACUUGGCAGAUCUCACGGAGCAGCAGAAAAUUAUGCAGCACUUAGAAGGAGAAGGCCUAAAAAACGUCAUUUUCACCAACUGUGUAAAGGACGAAAACGUCAAGCAGGUCAUCCCAAUGGUCACGGAACUGAUUGGGAGCAGCUGCCGCUACCACCGAAGAGAGAACCUGGAGUACUGCAUCAUGGUGAUCGGGGUCCCCAACGUGGGCAAGUCCUCCCUCAUCAACUCCCUCAGGAGGCAGCACCUCAGGAAAGGGAAAGCCGCCAGGGUGGGUGGCGAGCCUGGGAUCACCAGAGCUGUGAUGUCCAGAAUUCAGGUCUCUGAGCGGCCACUGAUGUUCCUCCUGGACACGCCGGGCGUGCUGGCUCCUCGGAUCGACAGCGUGGAGACGGGCCUGAAGCUAGCCCUGUGUGGAACAGUGCUGGACCACCUGGUGGGGGAGGAAACCAUGGCCGACUACCUGCUCUACACCCUCAACAGGCACCAGCUCUUCGCGUAUGUGCAGCACUACGGCCUGGGCGCCGCCUGUGACGACAUCGAGCGCGUGCUGAAGUGCGUGGCCGUGAAGCUGGGGAAGACGCAGAAGGUGAAGGUGCUCACGGGCACAGGUGACGUCAACGUCAUUCAGCCGAACUACCCCGAGGCAGCGCGAGACUUCCUCCGGACCUUCCGCAGGGGGCAGCUGGGCCCCGUGAUGCUGGACCUCGAUGUUCUGCAGGGCCGCCCCCCGGCCGACGCAGACCCCUGAACUGGGCGCGUGGCCUCCCACACCUGCCUGGCCUGGGUGUUUGAGGCUUGGGACAGCCUACCCUUUUCCAGAAGCUCCACGCCAGCCACCAUGACUCGGGUCCCUGCUCCAGGAAGGGACGCGGUGCUUCUGGCCCCACCGCACCUGGCCGGCUCCUGGUUACCGGGGCACCUGCCAGCAUCAGAAGAGUGUCCCGAGUACCUGGCCUGGCAGCGCCGUUCCUCCUCAGUGUCUCUUAAGGAGCUGAGCUAUACUCUGAAAUUUUUUAAAUUCUGCAUUAGAAGGCCCAUCUUCGUUGGCCCAUGAAUUGUACAGCCCUAGAGCCUGGGCCCACAUGUGUUGAAGCCCCUCUCACGCUUGGAACAUGGGAAACAGGUGGGUUGGCAGCCAGAGUUUGUGUCAGGUUCUCAGACUGGAGACCUGUCCCCACAACCAGGGAGCCUCGUUGCCAGCAGAGGGUUUAUUUCACACCAGCGAAUGUGCUCACAGACAGGGACAAGGCGUUUUGAGUAGCAAAACCCAAGGACUGGCCUUUCCCCUCAGUGCUCCGGAGGGCCCAUUUCUUGGGCCUGCGGACGGCUUUGCUGCGUACAGGCUGGGGGGUGCCUAGUGUGGGCAGUGGAGACUCCGGGCCUCUGAGCACCUCCUAGCUGACGGGAUAGUGGGCCUGUGCUUCCGCGGGGCUAGGGGGCACUGCGGGGCCCUCCCAGUCUGGGCAUCUGCACUUGAAGGAGCCUGAGGAACGUUCCUGCCUCCAGCCUGCGUCCUAGAAAAGUGCCGGGCAGGCCAGUGGGCUUGGGCGGGGGCGCAGACUCUGGGGGUGCUGCUGGGCCUGGGCUGGGGCCACCUGGUCUGAAGUUCUGGCCUUAUCUCUGUCCAGUGGCGGCCUGGCUUUGUCUCUGCCAUGCUCAGUGUGCAGCUGGCCUUCGUCUUGCGUGGGUGUCCCGCCUCGUCGGGGCUGGUCGGUGUCUUCCGCUGGCCCCUCCAGGUGUGGCUGCCCGUGUGGCUGCCCCACGCCCUGCACUCUCGGUACCUGAAGUGACCCCCAGCACCAUCUCUUCCUGCUGGAACCCUGCCUGGGCGGGACAUAACUCGGAGUCGCGGCUGUGCCAUAUGCUAAUGCGCCAAAUAAACUGUCACGGAAGAGUGAUGUUUCUGACGUCUAGAGCU